AUGAAGUCUUUCUACGCAGCAGCGGCGCUGCUCGCCACCGCAGCAGUUGCCGACAAGCGCGACCUCUGCUCUGAUGGCAGUGUUGACGUUGGCGGCAACUGGUAUUGCCAAGCCGUUGAAGCCAUCACGUACACCGGUGUCGGUGGCUCGGGCUCGUACAACCAAAUCACCAACAUGGACUCUACCACUGGUAACUGUGCUAGCACACCAUUUGGCUACUCUGGAUCGAUGUCGCCGCUGGACGAAGAGGUGUCGAUGCAUUUCCGUGGUCCUAUCAACCUGAAGAAGUUCGCCGUCUACACGCCAGGUACCUCGUCGAAAGCACGCCGCAGCACGCCUGAGAAGAGGCACGCGCAUGCUCACGCACAUGCGCAUGGGCACGCUCACCACCAAGAGCGUGAAGCUGCACCCGAGCCGGCCAUUGAUGUCCGCGAGGCGAAGCCAGAACCGGCCGUGGGUGAUUGGGUUGUCAUCACUGUCGGCGGCGUGGUGGAGUCUUGGAUCAAUGAGUAUUCUGGAGAGUCAACGUCCGCAGCUGCCAGCACUCCCACCUCCGCCCCGGCUGCCUCGUCGCCCUCCUCCGCUGCAUCUUCUGCAUCGCCCGCAGCAACUUCCUCCUCGUCAUCGAGCUCCAGCAGCUCUUCGGGUGGACUUCUGUGGUCUCGCGACGCCUACUACGACUCCGCUUCGGGAUCCUCGGACGGUCUAGUCUUCCUAAACCAUAAUGGCGGCUCGGGCUCAGGCGUCUUUGACUACACGUUCGGCAACUCGCUGUCAUACGCUAGCUCCAAUGGCCAGAAUGGCGCGUCAUCCCCGCAGACGCUUCAAGACAUCACGCUGCCUUCAACCGAAGAGAUCGUGAUUAUGAGUGACAACAAGUGCGGUGGCGAGAACGGUGAUUGUGGGUACUACCGUCCCAGCUCAGUGGCGCACCACGGCUUUGCUGGUGCUUCGAAAGUGUUCCUUUUCGAGUUCCAGAUGCCCAACAUUACCGGCACCCAAACCUCCAUCUACGAUCCCGUGAAUAUGCCCGCUGUCUGGAUGCUAAACGCUCAGAUCCCGCGAACCCUUCAAUACGGCACAGCCUCUUGCUCCUGCUGGACUUCCGGCUGUGGCGAGUUCGACAUUUUCGAGGUUCUUGCUCCCGGUGACGGCCGCAUGAAGAGCACGCUCCACGGCAAUAUUGCUGGGGGCGACAGCGACUACUUCGUUCGACCCGUCGCAACUCCGAUGAUUGGAGCUCUUGUUCUGUACAACAACAACAUCCACAUCAAGACUUGGCAGUCCGGAGACUCAUCCGCUCCGAGCUUUGGCUCAUCGCUUGAUGCCGGUGUAGUCAGUGACAUUGUUAGCUCGACCGCGACGCAAACCGAUAAUGUCUCGCUCUUCGUGCUGAGCUCUUAA